GUUUGUAUUUUAUGUAUUUUAAUGCUUGUAUUUUUGUUUUCUCGUAUUUUUGUAUUCUGUAUUUUUUUCGUGUUUUCUUUGUGUUUUCAAGUUUCUGUUUUAUGUAUUUUAAUGUUUGUAUUUUCUGUAAUUUUGUGUUUCUUUUUUUGUGUUUUAUUUUUGUGUCUUUUUGUAAUUUUUGUAUUUUCCGUAUUUUUAUUUGUGUUUUCUUGUAUUUUUAAAGUUUAUCGAAUUUGUAUUUUUAUCAUCGUAUUUUUGUGUUUUCUUGUGUUUUUGUGUCUUUUUAUAUUUUAA